AUGCUGCAGGAUAAGGGCCUGUCGGAGAGCGAGGAGGCCUUCCGGGCCCCGGGAGCCGCGCUCGGCGAGGCCAGCGCCGCCAGCGCCGCCAACGCUGCCAACGCCCCGGAGCCCGCGCUGGCCGCGCCAGGCCUCAGCGGAGCCGCGCUCUCCAGCCCCCCAGGUCCCGGCGCCGACGUCGCCGUCGCCACCGCCGCCACCGCCUCUGAGCAGACCAUCGAGAACAUCAAGGUGGGCCUGCAUGAGAAGGAGCUGUGGAAGAAGUUCCACGAGGCGGGCACCGAGAUGAUCAUCACCAAGGCCGGCAGGAGGAUGUUCCCCAGCUACAAGGUAAAAGUCACGGGCAUGAACCCCAAGACCAAGUACAUCCUGCUGAUCGACAUCGUCCCAGCAGAUGACCACCGCUACAAGUUCUGUGACAACAAAUGGAUGGUGGCAGGGAAGGCUGAGCCGGCCAUGCCGGGACGGCUGUACGUGCACCCGGAUUCUCCUGCCACGGGGGCCCACUGGAUGCGGCAGCUGGUCUCCUUCCAGAAGCUGAAGCUGACGAACAACCAUCUGGACCCCUUCGGCCAUAUCAUCCUCAACUCCAUGCACAAGUACCAGCCGCGGCUGCACAUCGUGAAGGCCGACGAGAACAACGCUUUUGGCUCCAAAAACACGGCCUUCUGCACCCAUGUGUUCCCAGAGACUUCCUUCAUCUCUGUGACCUCCUACCAGAAUCACAAGAUCACACAGCUGAAAAUUGAGAACAACCCUUUCGCCAAGGGAUUCCGGGGCAGUGACGACAGUGACCUGCGUGUGGCCCGGCUGCAGAGCAAAGAAUACCCCGUGAUCUCCAAAAGCAUCGUGAGGCAGAGGCUCGUCUCCACCCAGUUGUCGUCCAAGCCUGACGUCAGCCCCCUGCACGGGGCUCACCAGGCGCUCCAGCACUACCAGUAUGAGAACGGGGCCCACAUGCAGUUCGCCGCGGCUGAGCCCCAGGACCUUCCCCUCAACACCUUCCCAGCCCAGAGGGACUCCAGCCUCUUCUAUCACUGCCUGAAAAGACGAGCAGACAGUGCCCGCCACCUGGACUUACCUUGCAAGCGAUCUUAUCUGGAAGCACCCUCGGCGGUGGGGGAGGACCAUUAUUUCCGUUCUCCCCCGCCCUACGACCAGCAGAUGCUGAGCCCCUCCUACUGCAGCGAGGUGACCCCACGAGAGGCCUGCAUGUACUCAGGGUCGGGGCCCGAGAUCGCGGGGGUGUCCGGGGUGGACGACUUGCCCCCGCCCCCGCUGAGCUGUAACAUGUGGACGUCCGUGUCCCCCUACACGAGCUACAGCGUUCAGACCAUGGAGACUGUGCCUUACCAGUCCUUCCCCACGCACUUCACCGCCACCACGAUGAUGCCCCGGCUGCCCACCAUCUCCGCCCAGGGCUCCCAGCCGCCGGGCAACGCCCACUUCAGCGUCUACAAUCAACUCUCCCAGGCUCAGGUCCGAGAGCGGGGCCCCAGUGCCUCCUUCCCCAGAGAGCGCGGCCUCCCGGGCGCCGUGUGCGAGCGGAAGCCGCCGUCGCCGCACCUGAAUGCGGCCAACGAGUUCCUAUACUCGCAGAGCUUCUCCUUGUCCCGGGAAGCCUCCUUACAGUACCAUUCAGGCAUGGGGACCGUGGAGAACUGGACUGACGGAUGA